AAGCUUUGUAUAUAUAUAUAUACAUAUAUAUAUUUUCGUAAUAUGCAGCGAAUCGUCUCUCAUCAUUUUAUGUAACCUUGAAACCUCCAAGAAACCAAAGCAAGAAGCUCAGUAAUCUCAAACAAAUUAAAACCAAAACAAUCUUCCAAAAGUAGAAACCAUCAAGCAAGCCAUGGCAGACGAAUUCAAUACAACUACUAACUGGUGGGAUUCUUCAAGAACCCGGUUUGAUAACAGUGGAUCUUCUUCUUCGUCUUCAGGUCUCAAUAGCUUGGGGAGCUUCGGAUGGCCAACUGAAAUGGUGGAUAUCAAAGCUAGAACCUCUAUAGAUUCUUCCGUUUCGGUUUCCGGUAGUUCCGUGGUCUUUCAAGACACCCAAAAGCUGCAACAACCCCCUCAAGAUUCUACUUCCCCCGGUGCCGACUUGCAUAUGAUGGGUUUAGGCCUCUCUUCACCAUCCAUGGAGUGGAACCAAACGUUACUUCGGGGUGAUAAAUCUGAGAAUAGUUUUCGCUCCAUGCUUCAAGAGAACUUGAAUUCGAGUGCAAAUUAUCAGCAAGAAACCGGGAUGGGAUCGACUCCAGUUCAUUGGAGAUCAGAGAAAUUAUUUUCCGGGGUGAGUGGAGAUUCAUCAGUGACGGAGUUCAAGCAAAUCAACAGAGGCUUUUCAUUAGAUCAACCUCAGUUUAGUCCUCAUGGCGGGAGCUCCAGUGACAGCACCGUCACAUGUCAAGGUUUGCCGUCAACUUUCCAAAUGGAUUCAUCGGCUUUGUACGGUAGUCCUUCAACUAUUUUACAAGGAAUAUUAGGCGCGCCAGAGAAUAAUAAUAAUCAGCCACACCAAUCUUCCAUGAAUUAUCAAUACGGCGGCGCAAGUAGCUAUGCCAUGAACACAAAUCAAGAGCUACUUCCUUCAUGGUCCAAAGUUCCUCAAUUCUUGAGAACUUCACCACCAAAACAGCCGCCGCAACACAGCCAGCUACACUUCUCCAAUAACGCUCCAUUCUGGAACGCUUCCGCCGCUUCCAUGAACGACGUUCGAUCCUCAGGCUUUUUCCCAACGUUGCAAACACCAUAUGCAACACAAAACUACGAGGAAAAGCCCAAGCAUGCCAUAUCUGAAGUGCGGGAGUCAAACACAGUGGUGAAGAAAAGUAACAGUGGAAGCGAAGCUGCAUCGAAGAGGCCUCGAAACGAAACGGCGUCCCCUAUGCCGGCUUUUAAGGUGAGGAAAGAGAAGAUGGGGGACAGAAUCACUGCACUCCAACAAUUGGUUUCACCUUUCGGAAAGACUGAUACUGCCUCAGUGCUAUCCGAAGCCAUUGAAUACAUCAAGUUCCUCCAUGAACAAGUUUUAAGUACUCCAUACAUGAAAAAUGGAGCUCCCAAUCUUCAACACCAAGAGAAUUCUGAGAAGUCUAAGGACAAUGAAGGACCGAAACAAGAUCUUCGAAGCCGGGGACUGUGUUUAGUACCAGUUUCAAGUACAUUCCCAGUGACACAUGAGACCACAGUUGAUUUUUGGACACCGACAUUUGGAGGAACAUUCAGAUAGAGGAAGAGAAUUUGGUUGGAGAAAAAAAUUUGUCUCAUCAGCAUGUAAACAUCUUUGACAAGUUUAACCCUAGCCAAGCCAAGCCAAGAAUGGGGAGUUGAUAUGAAGAAAUUGAAGAAGAGAAAGCAAGGAAGCAAGAAGCAGAAGAAGGCUAAUCUUCUCAUGAAAAACUGUAGAAAGAAAUCUGUAAAAGAGAGAGAGGAAAAAAAAAAAAAAAAAAAAAAAAGAUUAGAUCCCUCAAAGUGAAAAUGCCAUUGUUGGGGCAACUUCAAGGCAAAAUGAUGUAAGUUUGCCCAAUAUUUGGGAGGAAUGGGAGGCAUAUGAAUUGUUGUAAUAAUUGAAGAAUUAUGAUGAUUUUUAAGGUUGGUUA